ACUGGUACCCGAAAAAAUUUUACAAGAAGAAAUGCAUGGGGAAAUUGGUCUUAUGCUGAUAUUAUUACUAAAGCUAUUAAUAGCACUCCAAAUAAACGAAUGACUCUGUCAGAAAUAUAUAAUUGGAUGAUGCAAAAUAUACCAUUCUUUAAAGAAAAAGGUGAGACUAACAGUUCUGCAGGCUGGAAGAAUUCCAUCAGACACAACCUAUCUUUGCAUAGUUGCUUCAUGAAAGUUCAAAAUGAAAGCACAGGUAAAAGUUCUUGGUGGAUGCUGAAUCCUGAUUACAAAUCCAGCAAGUUACCACGGCGACGAGCCGCAACUAUGGAUGUUUCC